GAAGCCAUUUCGGAAGUGAUGGUGGUAAUUCAAGGAGUCUUUAGUGACUGUUUCAGGCUUCGCUUCCCAGACCUUUAUUCUUCUAAGCAAAGUUUAUUCUUUCACAUGAUGGACCCUGUUAACCAUAUACACGCAAAGUUCUUGUAUAACUAACCUGAACCUUCAACUUUAAAAGCUCUGCCAAGUUUCUUACAAGCCCCUUUUCCCUUGAGGCAGAAGAUACAUUAUACUCAGAAAUGGAGCCAAACAGCAACAGUGUAGAAGAUUUCUCCUUGAAUGUCUUUUCUGUCACUCCUUGUCAGUCAAACAUAUCCGAUGCCCUGGUGUCAGAUGGGGAUAAAGCUGGUGCCACUUUGCUCUUUUCAGGUGUGUUUUUGGGACUCGUGGGGAUCACUUUCACCGUGAUGGGAUGGAUAAAAUACGAUGGCAUUACUCACCUGGAGUGGACUCAGUUACUAGGGCCUAUUCUGCUGUCUGUUGGGGUAACUUUUAUUCUGAUUGCUGUCUGUAAAUUUAACAUGCUUACAUGUAAGACCUGCAAAGAAAGAGAGGAAAAUACAUCAGACCUCGACCAGACCGCAAGCGGACAGUCCUUCGUCUUCACUGGCAUUAACCAGCCGAUAACUUUUCAUGGUGCCACAGUGGUACAGUACAUCCCUCCACCUUACCCAGCUCAGGAGGGCAUUGCUAUGAGCCCUGGAUACCUUCACCCAGUGCUCAGCUGCUGUGGAGCUGUUUCCCCCAGUGCCUCAUCAAUUCCCAGCCCAGGGUCUGCUCACUUCUGCCCUGCCUACCCCCUGGAUAACCUGGCUUUUACCGGAGAUGAGAACUACGCUGCUUAUCCUGCAGAGAAUACCAGGGAUCAGAGGUCAGAGAACCAUUCCGAUGAGCCAGAGGAACUGCUAGAAGACUAUGCCUGUGGUGACUUGUCACCUCCACGUUAUGAGGAAAUAUACCCAUUCUCUUCAUAAAAUAACCAUGGACAGCAGACAGUGAUUCUAAGACACACCAGCUUUUUAAUCCCCAAGAAUCUUUUCUUUAAACACUUGCAUGAUAAGCAAGUAUGAGCAAAAUCUUAUUACUGAUACACAGUUCAGUGUCACUGAAGAUUAUUUAACCAAUUCCUUAUUUUUCUCAGAAUUCAUUAGCCCUUUGCUAUGCAAUUGAAUAGCAGAGCUAUUAAUUAUUUAAUAGCAAAAUUAUUAAUAACAAAGCUAUUAAACUCAGGGAUCUAAAUACAUAUUAGGUUUCCCCAUCAAGAAGCCUGAUUUUCAGAUUUGCUGAUCGGUGUGAGCUGUGAAUGCACAAGAUGUUUGUGGAAAGUCAUGACUGCUCCUGCACAUUCGUCAUCAUUACAAAACACUUGAUUUAUUCUUGGUUCAUUUUCCCUCUUGAUUGCUUGGGAAACUUCAAAAUGCUCAAGGAUCUGAUCCAUGAAAUUGCCUAUAAAGUCUUAAUUCUGUCUGA